ACUGGCAUUGCUUUUCGAACUCUCGCGCGCGAAGGAUCUCUUGUAAAUCAUUGCAUCGGAUACACUCUCACAACGUGUCUUGUGUUAUUUUAUAACAACACAUCAAUGAACAAUUAUCCAUAUUAAUGGUUAUUAACUCAAUUCUGUUGUCACUAGACAUCAUAUUAUUAUCCAUGAUUUCCUGAAAAUAUUCACAUCAAUUAUUUACGCAUUAACUAGAUCAUUAUUCUGCUAGUUAUUUUAUUGUACCAACGACAACUUUUAGUGCUAAUUUAAACACGUUUUCAUUUAUUGUGACAUUAAUGCAAUUGACUCAUUAGAAGUGAAAUUAUCAUCCAGUGGCACUCAAUUAUUUCAAUCCUUUUUUGCCAAUAAAUAACUGGCCAUAUUUUGAUGCUCUUGAAGAUAAUAUUCUUUCUUUUGCUUCAAGAAAAUUAAGUCUCUGAAGAGCUGAGGAAUACGAAAAAAUUGUUAUUAAAGAUGUGGCGUUUUAUUUUUUGGCCAGUUCUUUUAAUAUUGGGUCUGUCAACAUUUCAAAUACACGUAGAAGCAUGCUCGUGUGCUUCACAGCAUCCACAAACUCAUUACUGUGAAGCAGACUUUGUUGUUGUUGUCAGAAUAAAAAAAUUCUCAGAGAUGAAUGAUCACGAAUCAGCAUACAAAGUGAAGAUUCACAAGAUUUUUAAGGCGACCUCAAAAGCUGAAGUAGCAUUAGAAGAGCAGUUAUUAUGGACUGCAUCAAUGGGUUCUAUGUGUGGACGAGAAAAUAUGAAACCGGGUGAAACUUGGGUUGUUACCGGACAAAUAAGUGGUGGUAAACCAAGGAUAUCCCUAUGCAAUUUAGCAAUGCGUUGGUCGGAAGUAACAGCCAGACAACGAAAAGGUUUUCGAGGAUUAUAUCACCGUGGGUGUGUGUGUCAGAUCGUUUACACACCGUGGUUAAGAAAAGGUGCUGUUUUUAAGACUGCUGGCAAACGUUGUUUAUGGGAAAGUGCACCUGGACCCUUUGACUGUCAAGAACAAUACGGAGUCUGUAUGCUCAGGUCAACAGGAUGCUUGUGGGAACUAUCACCAGCUUAUAAGAGAUGUAUCAUUCAACAUCAACGCCUCAGAGAACAACAAAGAGCUAGGGAACCGUGAUUUCAAUAAAAAAAAAAUUCCAUAUUUUAUUUCCUAUUAAAUGAGCAUGACUAUGUUAUCAAUAAAUUUUUAUAUUUUAAAUUAAUCUUUGACUAAGAUAAAUAUUUAAUAACAAUAUAUUUAUCUUUGUCGAAACGUAACAAUAUAAUAAUCAUACUGAAUUGUGUUACUUUUUACCGGAGAGAUUGACACCUGAUAAAUUUUAUUGAUUUUAAUGGAGGCUAUAGUAUUUCACUAAUAUAAGAAGCUCGUUUCGUAACAGGAGCUUUAAUCAUUGUUUGUAAAUAUGUUUUUGUCUAUUAUGAUAUUUUUUCAUGUAUAUUAAGGUAUAUUUAAAUUAUUUUAUCAUGUAAAAUAUAAAUUAAGAGAUUAA